UAACUCCGACACUGUCUCUCUGCUCCGUCUCUCUCUGGCAGGUCAGGUCGCAUGUUUGCAGAGAGUUGGUGCGGGACGGGAUAAAGAAUGUUUGCAUUUAUCUAUAUGUUACUUCAAUGUGGGUUCAUGCAAUCCUUUUGCGGCUUUGUUUUCUCCGAAAACUAUUUAGUAAAUGCAGUAAAUAAUAUUGAUCUCAAUCCUCUGCGUGUCUUCCCGUUUCCGGCAGAACCGAAUGCACUCACCUCGAGAAGCAAUUCACUGAAUAUGCAAACAUUCAUUUAAGCUAAUGGAGAGAAGUAAAAACGAUUCUUUCAAUGAAAGUUAAAUUUGCUAUUUCACGAUUUCUAUUAAUUGUAAGAAACUAGCUCCGGCUGCUUUAGAAAUUGGCGGGCGAUUUGAAAUUGACCGGGGAUCCAAUCUGCAGUCAGAUUGGUUGAAUUCUGACCCUCAGUCACCAGUUCCCAUUUUUGGUCACAAAUGAUAAUCCCCACCCCCACCGCCGGGCAGCGUCAAACUGAUUAAGGAAAGGCAGCCAAUCACACCGCUGGGACCCUAUAAUGGACAUCUUCAUUCCAACCAACCAGAGGGAGCAGGGCGGCCCUUCAUCAACGCUUUAAAAGCCAGACCCAGCGUCUGCUCCGACACUGCAAUCCUGAUAUUUCAGGCUGCAAUCGGACUGCUGAAGGAGAAUGGCCCGCACCAAGCAAACAGCGCGAAAAUCGACCGGUGGGAAAGCUCCCCGCAAACAACUGGCGACCAAAGCGGCGCGCAAGAGCGCCCCAGCCACGGGCGGAGUGAAGAAGCCCCAUCGCUACCGGCCCGGCACCGUGGCUCUGAGGGAGAUCCGGCGCUACCAGAAAUCCACCGAGCUGCUCAUCCGCAAACUGCCCUUCCAGCGCCUGGUCCGGGAGAUCGCUCAGGACUUCAAAACCGAUCUGCGCUUCCAGAGCUCGGCCGUCAUGGCCCUGCAGGAGGCCAGCGAAGCUUACCUGGUGGGGCUCUUUGAGGACACCAACCUGUGCGCCAUCCACGCCAAGCGAGUCACCAUCAUGCCCAAAGACAUCCAGCUGGCCCGGCGUAUCCGCGGGGAGCGCGCCUAAACCCGACCUCGGCACCAAGCACAACAAAAGGCUCUUUUCAGAGCCACCAAUCCGGCAGGAAAAGGGCUGUCGAUUGCUGUUCACUAACCUUUUGUUAAUCACGCCAUUCCUUUCCGUUCUUUCCCUGUGGGAAUUUUGUUCAAUAAGACAUUACAGUUUCUCACAAACGCCCCCCCGCAACACGGCCGACUGCCUCAACACAGAAUCAGCAGUUGUGUGCCGCUGGGUUAACGGGAGUCUUAGCUGUUAGAGUGUCCCUGUCCCACAACCUAACCGUGUACAGUUAGGUUAUUGUGAUAAAGUUUUCCAGGUGUUUGCGGCUGGAAAAUGGGUUUUAAUCCAUUGGGUAACCAGUCCCAUUUCUGGUCGAGUCCCUGAUAGGUUCACGGGGACGCAAGUCUGCAGAGGCUGGAAUUCUGUUUUUUUUUCACAGAACGAAAAAAGUCGUUGGAAGCUCGCCUUAGACCACAGUUUGAGAAGAGACCGACCGCGAAUAUAAACUGUGGAUCGACUUUUCGAAGCUCAAUAACUAGAAAUUUGUAAGUUAAAUAACGCCCGGGUUGAUAUUGCGAAAUAAAUCUUCACCGAAUUAGUGAUUCGAUGCAUACUUUUUGCAGGCUACAGAUCAAUAAAUAACUUUCGGCGGGAUUUUCAAAUUUCCGGGAAACUGGCAGUUACUUUCGGCGCUUUUCUUUCAUUGGUGAAUAAGGCAGCUCUCUGAUUGGCUUACUGGGCUCAUCAGAAAUGCAUCCGAAUUUCUUCUGCAGACGCUUCACGUAUUCGUUCUCAUGGCCCAAAAGCCCCCAGCCAUUCAUGAGCUUCAACCUACCCCGAAACCACAUCCUUAACAAUCGACCCUCAACUACUGAGGUCAAACUAACUGGCCUGUAAUUUCCUUUCUUCCUCUCUCCCUUCUUGAAGGGAGACAUUUGCAAUUUUCCAGUCCUCCAGAACCAUGGCAGAAUCUUGAUUCCUAACAGAUCAUUACUAAUGCCAGCUGGUCCUAUCUAUCCCCAUUCCCGAUGAAGGGUCUCGGCCCGAAACGUUGGCUACUCUUUUCUCACAGAUGCUGCCAGACCUGCUGAGUUCUUUCAACGUCGUGUACGUAUUCUUCGAUCCACAGCAUCUGCAGUUGUAUUUUUGUGUUUUGGUCCUAUCUGCCUCCUCCUCUUUCAGCUCCCAAGUAUCUCUUCUGUAGUAACAGCAAUUGCACGCACAGUACUUCUGCUCCUUGACACUCUCGAAUUUAAGGCAUACUGCUCAUGUCUUUCACAUGCAGAAAAUUGAAGAGAAGCCACUUCACCCACAGAAUGGUGUCUGGACGCCACCACGGAGAGCAAGAAGGGAGCAGCAGGGAUGGAUUUUAAAGGACUGUCGUGGAACAGAAACGGUGACAAGGACUAGCUGGGCUGAUUUUUUAAAAUAUAUAUAUAUAUAUAUCUCCUGAGUGCAGACAAGGUGUGUUGUAAAUUCUCUUGGAACCUGAGACAGAGUUUGAAAUAGAACUGAUUUAUUUGUCAGAGAUCCAGAACAUUAAACUCCAGUCCCAUUAAAAGUGAAUAUUAGAAGGUGCACCUCCCAGUCCCAGUGACCAGGGUGCAGAACUGGGUGUGGUGACCAGCAGCAGUAAUUGCAGACUGUGACGAGAUUGUGAGGUUUAUUCGAUAUGGAUUGUUCCUUUAAAAAGAGAGAGAGUGUGUGCUAAUUGAGAGCGCAACGAACAGCCCGUGGAUUGCCAUGGUUACAGCAGGGCGGAGCCGUAUGAUGGAUAGCUGGCAUUGAGCAGCUGUGGAAAAUACAAGGUCAACUGGCUUUGUAGUCAGACGCACAGUAGAUAGAAAUAGACACUGGGUGAGCUUUGUGUGCCCACCAAAGGGUGGGUUUUGCUCGCAGUGUAGAAACGAGGUGACCGGUGGGAAGCUAUCGGUGUGUUUAACCCUUGCUCCAUCUUGUGAAAACGGUCCCGUUUCUGGGGUCACAGUCGGUGACUUCAACGGGACUUUGAAGGACGAUGUGGAAGAUUCGAUGGCAUCGGCUUACUGGGAAAACAAAUCAUCUCUCUCUCGAUCUGUACACUGAUUGUUCUCAGUCUCUCCCUCCCUCCCCCUCCCC